UUGAAUGGCUGUAGGUCGCUGAACAAAAUCCGAGAUGUGGUACUACGACAAGGAAUAUAUAGCUCAGAAAACGCCUUCGAGGAUGGCUGGUAUAGACUUGGCUACCGAGCUGCAGUUUCGUCGGGAGGGUGCCCGUUUUAUUAUCGACGCUGGCACUAGGAUGGGAUUGCGGUUCGACACGAUGGCCACCGGUGUGGUGUUCUUUCACAGAUUUUACAUGUGUCAGUCGUUUGCCAAGUUUGAUCGAUGGGUUGUCGCUGCUGCGUGUCUUCUAUUGGCCGGUAAAGUAGAAGAAACACCCAAGAAAUGCAGAGACAUCUUUAAGACAGCGAAAUCAUUGCUGUUAGACGAGCAGGUGGCAGGCUUUCGAGGAGAUGAGUGGAAGGAGCAGCUGCUCGUCCACGAACGUAUCUUGCUGCAAACGAUUAAGUUUGAUCUUCAAGUCUCUCAUCCGUACGGUUUUGUGUUUAAAUUUGCUAAGGCAUUCAAAGGUGACAAGAGCAAGGUUCAAAAAGUUGUUCAAAUGGCAUGGACAUUUAUCAACGACAGUUUGUGUACAACAAUUUCGCUUCAAUUUUUGCCUCACGUUGUUGCCAUAGCGAUGCUGAACUUGGCCUCUAAGCUAUCGAAAGUCGAGCUGGUUAUCGCUCCCGAACACCUCGAUCCGUUGCUAUCGUUCAAGGCUCCGUGGUGGGAUCACUUCUUGGAUGAUGCUAGUGAAGAGCUAUUAGCUGAGGUGGCACAAGAGGUUCUUGAUUUGUACAGCGAUGCAGAACGAGACACUCCAGGGAAAACGAGCAAGAGUCAGAGUGCGGCAGGUACACCUAAGGCCGUCAGUCCCAAGGCGAAAUUAUCCGAACAGAACAUUGAGAGGAUUACACCGCCGCUACCACCACCAGCGACACUACCUCCUCAAGCGACACAGUCUGCCCCACCUCAAGCGAUAAUUCAACCUCAACAGCAGAUCGGAGCUCAAGUAUUACUUCAACCUCAGCCUCAGCCUCAGCCACAGUCUCAAAAUCUAGUUCCACCUUCUCUACCGGGUGGAAUCCCGCCACCGCCUAUACUCCAGCAGCUGUUUGCCGGUAUAGCGUCGCUAGAGCAACAACUAAAGAAUCCCGGUCUCUCUGCGUCCGUGCAACAGCAACUGCAGCAACAUCUUCAAGCGCAUCAUCAGCAACUUCAGCAGCUCUUUCAAUCUAUGCCACAGUUGCUGCAGGGGCCUCCUCCAGUGCCAAGCGGAGGAGGUUGGAUGCCGUCUGCGAAUUCUAUGAACUCAGUCGGACAACCGGUACCGCAGACUGCCGUUGUUCAUGCGCCCCAACCACUGGUCGCGCAGACUCAGUAUAGAGGAAGUUGGAUGAGAUAGCGUAGCACGGACAGCGCGUA